AUGAAUAAACGGGACAGUCAACGUCCGAAAAAUGAUGGUCAGUAUCAUGGUGGGACGAAUAGACCUGUUUGGCCGAAGAGGAGGAAUGAUCCUAACACAAGUGGGGAACAAGAUAAAGCAAAGUCUGCUGUAUACCAGUCACCCUAUUCACACUUAGUUUGGCAUCAGGGAUGUGAUCAAGCGACAGAUAAUAUGGAUUUUAUUGCAACCUGGUCAACAGAUCGUGAAAUAAACAUUAUGUCAAGACUGAAAUCUUUAAUUAUUUGGCCAGAUAACACAGAUGCACUUGGGCCUCGUAUUGAAGAGAUGAAUAGUCAGACAAGAUUUUGUCCAGCACAUCAUGUUCAAGAAGUUUUCAACUACAAGAACCAACUGGAUAACUAUUCUGUGAAAAUGACCCGUAAAAGUCAUCACUGUAGCAAUCCAUAUGAAGAUAUUGGCAGUGGAAUAUUUAUGAACCGUGCCGCUAUGGUAAUGGCUAAUAUCGAUUCUAUAUUUGAUGGAAUGUUUACAAAGGCUGCAGAUGAUGAUGAUAUUUUAUAUUUUGCGGAUAUUUGUGCGGGACCCGGUGGAUUUUCAGAAUAUAUUUUAUGGCGAAGAUGUAAUUCUCCAUAUUCCACUGCUUCUUCAUUGAAUGUGUCCAGUAAUUGUUGUGGUUGGAGUAAACUGACUAAAGAGCCGACACUAUCUGCUAAAGGAUUUGGUAUGACCUUGUCUGGAUCUUGUGACUUUCAAGAAUAUAAUUUCCAUGCUGGUCCCAUGGAAGCUUUUAUGCCGCAUUAUGGUGUAACGGGUGACGGAGAUAUCACGAAAUUGCCUAAUUUGGAUUCAUUCGCCUCUUUGAUUAGUCGUAGUACAAAUGGCGCUGGUGUUCAUGUGGUUUUAGGAGAUGGGAGCUUCGAUUUUACGGGACAGUACAAUUUUCAAGAAAUUUUAUGUAAACAACUUUUUGUAUGUCAGUGUUUGUGUGCAUUGAUGAUUCUAAGACCAGGUGGACAUUUUCUCAUGAAAUUAUACGAUACAUUCACUGAAUUCACUACUGGUCUUAUUUAUGCAAUGGGAUAUUUAUUUGAAGAGAUUUUCAUUGUUAAACCUGUGACCAGCAGACCAGCCAACUCCGAAAAAUUUUUAAUAUGCAAAAGCUUAAGGUCAACUCUGAUUUCAAUGGCUGGCAGCUGCUUACCAGCUCCAAAGUCAUCUGUAAUAAAUACUCCUGAGCACGUCAGCAAGCGUCAUGAUACACCAAGUGGUUCUCAGAAGUCACAUCAAUUUCAAGCUGAGAAGACAACAACAUCUUUGAAUAACGGUGAAGAUGAUGCUGACAAAGAAUCAUGCUCAGAUUAUGAUGUUGAACUAAAUAAUACAAAGGAGACAAAUCCACUUAAAUUCAUGAUCAAUUACCUUUCACAAGUCAAUAAAAAGUUGGAAAAUGUCAUGUCACCAUCCAAUCGUCAAAAGACUGAUGUGUUAAAAGUGUGUCGAAGUGAAAUCAUGGAAAAUGAUGUAAAGUUCAUGCGUUUUAUGCAAAAUAUGAAUGAAAGAAUUACAACUCGUGAGUGUAUUGCAUUGUCUAAAUUGAUCACAUUUUUAAACAAUCCACACCUUGUUGAAGAUAGAAAAAGUGAUUUACGACAUUCAUGUUUGAUGAAAUGGCAGAUUCCAGCGCAAAAACGUUUACAAAUACCAUGGCCAAUGACAGAUGGAGGUAGACUCAAAUUGAAUCAAUAUUUGUUGUUAGCUGACAGUAGAAUACCUUUGCCUCGUGAAUAUUGUCCUCAUACAAGACUCACUUCAAUAAAUAAGAAAGAUAUAAAUGAUCAGAAGGAUUGGAAUGGGCGUCAUAUUGGAUUAGUUUGUGGUAAACCAUCGCUCACUUCCCUAUUCAAAGCUGCUCAACCGAUGUUGGUUUACUCACGUGGUAGCAGAAAUGAGGAUAAAUUGUGCACAACAGAUGGAGAUACGUGGGAAAUAUUAAGUGAAGUGAUACCAGACUUAGAACCUCGAAUUCCAGCUGGUACUUUGAUUUGGGGACAAGCAACUAAUGAGUACUGUUCAAAGACUGGAUUACGAAAACAUGCAUUGUUUGUUUACGAUGUUUUGUGCAUAUAUGGUCGUGAUUGUCGUCAGCUUGGUUAUAGACAACGAAUGAAAGUUGCUGAACGAAUGACGAGUGUUGUUAAUUUUCCUGAUAUGAAAUCAUCGAAUAUUCGUGUUCCACCAUUAGUCCAUUUAUCACAAAUUGAUGAUUAUAUAAAUGGACUUCUCCCUUUUCCAUUGGAACACCCUCUGAAGUAUGUGCGAAUGCAUUGUUUCUUUGACGGUUUCAUGUUUCAACCUCAUUGUUUGUUGUUAGUCGAACACAUAAAAGGCGAAUGGAAGGAGUCAGUAAAUCAAAGUACUGGGAAAAUAAUGGAUUCAAGUAAGAACGUCAUAAAAUCUGCUUAUGAUUUACCUGGAAGUGGAGAGCCUUUAUUCAAGGAUACACGUUACAUGGAAGUACCUUGGGGAGAAGAAGAAGCAGUGGAGAAUUGUACAGACGUUACCAGUUUGGUAGAACAUCUUAAAAAGUUGAAAAUUCUCGGACUAUAA